UCCGCUUGUGUUAUCAGUAUUCUCAUGUUUACAUCCACGCAAAGUGCUUAAGUAACUUCAACAUGUCAGCCUCCAUAGCACGGGCGACAGUAAGGGCGGUUAGCAGACGGAAGAUAUUGCCCACAAGAGCCGCUCUAACGAUGACACCUUCAGCUGUGAAUAAAGUCAAACAGCUUUUACAGGAUAAGACAGAAUAUAUUGGCCUUAAGGUUGGUGUUCGAACCAGAGGUUGCAAUGGCCUCACCUAUACUCUUGACUACACCAAGGAGAAAGACAAAUCAGAUGAGGAGGUGCUGCAAGAUGGUGUGAGGGUUUUCAUUGAGAAGAAGGCACAGCUUACGUUGCUGGGCACAGAGAUGGAUUUUGUUGAAACAAAACUUUCCAGCGAGUUUGUAUUCAACAAUCCGAACAUCAAAGGAACUUGUGGGUGUGGGGAAAGCUUCAACAUAUGAACCUCACUGCAUGUGUCACUGCACCUAAAGCUCUACCCCUUCGGGACAUCCACUCCAAGUCCAAGAUUCAGAGAUCCAUCCUGAAGAAGUGUAAGACAUAGGAGACUGAGAAAGACACUGCUGUUUAGUGGAAUGUAUGGGCAUCACCUCCUGUGCUGCUUCCAGCCAUGUCAACAUUCACUGAUAUUUCUGGAAAAAAAAACAUGCUUGUGAUUCUCAUCUUUCAAUAGAGGUUCAAAAGAUUCAUUUAAUUCCUUCAUCAAAAUCUAAAAUGAUGAAUUUUGCUUUUAAACCAUUAAAUUAAUUAAUUAAAACCAAAAAUUUAAAAUGAUGUUAUUAUACAG